AUGCUCAUCAAACUAGACGACCUCUCCACAGAGGCUAUCCGCACCCUCCUAACCCACCAUUUCACCGAACUCCAACGCAAAACACCCUCCGAAUCCUGCUACGUCCUCGACCUAACCGCCCUCCGAGACCCAUCUAUAUCCGUCUACUCUGCCUGGGACGGCGAGAAUUUACUAGGAUGUGGCGCACUGAAAGAACUCUCCCCGUCUGCGGGUGAAGUCAAGUCUAUGAGGACGGCUACGGAGUAUCUUCGACAGGGUGUUGGGCGUGCUAUUGUGCUGCAUAUUAUUGAUGAGGCGAGGAGGAGGGGGUAUACGUCUUUGAGUUUGGAGACUGGGACUGAUGAGUCGUUUGCGAGGGCGAGGGGGUUUUAUGCUGGUCUUGGAUUUGUGGGUUGUGAGGCUUUUGGGGGGUAUGUUGCUAGUGCGGAUAAUUGUUUUAUGAGGUUGAUGUUGUCUUGA